GGAUUUCAGUGCGCGUUUCUCAGGGUUCCGCCGCUGCGGGGUGCUUGAGUUAGUGAGCGAGUUGUUGAGUUAGUGAGCGAGUUAUUGAGUUAGUGAGCGGCGCUGAGACGUUUAACAGCGGACGAAGUUCAACUUGGGCAGGCGCGAUCGCCCUCCCCCCCUCUCACCAGAGCGACCGUGAAGGCAUUCGACGGGCGGGCAGUGCUCGGAACGUCGGCGUCCGCGGUCAUGUCGAGUGAGAACUUUCCUGUGGCAAAAGGAUUCCGCCUGGCACUCCUGCAGAUGCUAGUUUCACGUCACAAGCAGGAGAACUUGGCACAUGCUCGUGAGCUGGUAUCGCGCGCAGCGCAGAAUGGUGCACAGCUCGUCUCACUCCCGGAAUGUUUCAACUGCCCGUACGGGACGCAGUAUUUUGGCGAGUAUGCGGAGACGGUUCCCGGAGAAACGAGCACCACGAUUGCGGCACUGGCCGCCGAGCACCGCAUCACCAUCAUCGGAGGGUCAAUCCCAGAGCGGUCAGGGGAUCGUCUGUUUAACACCAGCCUCGUGUUUGGACCGGAUGGCAAGCUGUGUGGGAAAUUCCGCAAGAUGCAUCUCUUUGAUAUUGACAUUCCGGGAAAAAUCACUUUCAAGGAGUCGGAAACGCUGAGCCCUGGAGAGGAACUGACAGACUUCACCACUCCGUUCUGCAAGGUCGGGAUUGCCAUUUGCUACGACCUUCGGUUCCCAGAGCUCACGCGUCUCUAUGCUGACCGGGGCUGUCACCUACUCGUGUGCCCUGGAGCAUUCAACAUGACUACAGGGCCUGUCCACUGGGAGCUCUUGCAGCGUGCUCGGGCAGUUGAUAAUCAGAUGUUUGUGGCCACGGUGUCUCCGGCAAGAGAUGAAACAGCGUCGUACGUGGCCUGGGGACACAGCACCGUAUCCUCACCCUGGGGUGACGUUGUUGCUAAAGCUGGACAUGGUGAAGAAAUUGUGUAUGCUGAUAUUGAUUUAAACAGAGUGGAAGAGGUGAGACGUCAGAUUCCGGUGCGGAUUCAGAGGCGCUGUGAGCUGUACCACUCGCUGGCAGCAGCAAAACCACAAUAACCAACCACAGCUAACAAACAAACCAUCAACUCCCACAAGUGACAAUUCCACCCCUCUCCUUUAACCGCACUUAAUCCACCCUCAACCAUACACCUCCACCAGAUACACCACCAAACACAACAUAUAACUACACUUAACCAUAAACUGCACUGCCACAUAAACUAGGCACACAGCAAUAAAUUAAUUGAUUCAUUACGAAAAAUGUAUUCUCUCCCAACACUCGCAUUGAUUGCUGUGUGAUAAGAUUUUUUUCUUCCGAUUGAUACAUGCCGUGCAUAAUUUGUUCACAUAACUCCUGCAGCCACAAGAGCUGCUACAUGCACCACACUUAAAAUUAAAAAGAAUCGACUGUUGCAUCGAAUUGCAUCCCCACAAUUGUUUAUGUAUCGAAUCUUGAGGGGGGUGAAUUGUUGCAGGCCUAUUAUCGAUUGAGAUGAAGCACUUUAUAAUAAUGGCAUUGCUGCGAUGGUCUGGUUGAUCAUUGAAGGGGAGCAGAAUAAAAUUUGCAUCGACCUUAAAAA